AUGUCGCCAGCCCUUACCAUUGAUGAAGCAUCGCUUCCGCCACGUGCGGAUGCGUUCCAGAGACAACAGGAUGUCAACGCACAAGACGUCAACGAACAAGACAUGAGCGAUGUCGUUAUCGCAGGGGCUGGUCCGGCUGGGCUAAUGCUGGCGUCGACGCUUGCAAGGUAUGGCAUUAGACCGACCUUGGUCGACGACAGAGCGGACAAGACGACUACAGGUAGAGCAGAUGGCUUGCAGCCGAAGACUAUUGAGACUUUUCGGCAAUUGGGACUAGCAGAUGACUUGCUGCGAAAGGGUGUCAAGAUUUACGACAUAUGCUUCUGGAAUUCGACGGCACUACAGACGCUACGGCGCAUGCGGAGGGUGGAGCAUUACCCAAAUUCGCUCGAUGUCCUUGAUCCCUUCAUCCUUCUUGUGCAUCAGGGUAUGGUAGAGGAUGUUUUCCUGAAAGACAUGGCACAACGAGGUGUGCAUGUACUUCGAUCAUUCGCAUGUACAGGCUUUACCAAAAGUUCGAAGCAUCUCACAGUCGAAGUUCAAUCUCAAGGUAUUGAGCAAAAUACGAAGACGCUAAAGACACAAUAUCUUGUUGGCUGUGAUGGCGCUCACUCUAAAGUUCGCAAAGCCAUUUCCGGUGCAGUCAUGGAAGGGCUUAGGGCUUAG